GAGCUGAUUCACAGCCCCAGCAGCCGUCUUCGCCAGCAGCCGGGGCGCGGGACCCCGGCCGGAGAAGCUGAGAUGUGACCCCCUCCGACUGCCCAUUGCCCUCCCUGGCAUCCCGCCUCUUCUCCCACCUCCUCUUCCACUCCGCGGCGCUUUGUACUGCGAGGUCUGCCUCGAGCUCCGGGGAGAGAGGAGCGGCUACCAGGCGCACAGCCCGGCAGAAGUUGGGCUUGGCUGGGCAGCGGUGGUGCAGCUGAGCGGUGGGCUAGGUCCGGGUGAGAGGAAGGCGCAGGAAAGGGGUCUGCGUCUGGGCUAAGAGGGUCCGCAAGAUAGGGGGUUGAGCUGGCUCUUCCGCUCCCCCGGCCCCGGGGCGCGGGGUAGGGGGAGAAAUGCUGAGUCCGCGCCAGGGCGACCGUCACCGCGGCCGCAGCCUCAGCUUCAGCAUCAGCACCGGCGGGACAGCGACAGCGGGGGCGGCGCAGGCGCACUGUGCCCCGCGGAGCCUGCAGCUCCCGAGCCCCGUGUGCGGCACCGCCACAGUCUGGGCAGCGGCGGUCGGGGCAGCGCUACUACCAUGAACUGCCUGGUCGUCCUCCCCAGAGCUGCUCAUCCAGGUCGGGCUGGAGACACAGUCAGGGGACCCCGUCGCCGCCGCCGCGCCCCCUCUUCUUUCGGCUCAAUUUUCUCUUCCACCUUUCCCUCCUCCUCCUCCACCUUCUCUUCCUGCAUCCCGCCCUCCCCCGCCGCGGAUCCUGGCCGCCGCUCUCCAGACCCAGGAUGCCGGGGGGCAAGAGAGGGCUGGUGGCACCGCAGAACACAUUUCUGGAGAAUAUCGUCAGGCGCUCCAGUGAAUCGAGUUUCUUACUGGGAAAUGCUCAGAUUGUGGAUUGGCCUGUAGUUUAUAGUAAUGACGGUUUUUGCAAACUCUCUGGGUAUCAUCGAGCUGACGUCAUGCAGAAAAGCAGCACUUGCAGUUUUAUGUAUGGGGAGUUGACUGAUAAGAAGACCGUUGAGAAAGUCAGGCAGACUUUUGACAACUACGAGUCAAACUGCUUUGAAGUUCUUUUGUACAAGAAAAACAGAACCCCUGUUUGGUUUUAUAUGCAAAUUGCACCAAUAAGAAAUGAACAUGAAAAGGUGGUCUUGUUCCUAUGUACUUUCAAGGAUAUUACAUUGUUCAAACAGCCAAUAGAGGAUGAUUCAACAAAAGGUUGGACAAAAUUUGCCCGAUUGACACGGGCUUUGACAAAUAGCCGAAGUGUUUUGCAGCAGCUCACACCAAUGAAUAAAACGGAGGUGGUCCAUAAACAUUCAAGAUUAGCUGAAGUUCUUCAGCUGGGAUCAGAUAUCCUUCCUCAGUAUAAACAAGAAGCGCCAAAGACGCCACCACACAUUAUUUUACACUAUUGUGCUUUUAAAACCACUUGGGAUUGGGUGAUUUUAAUUCUUACCUUCUACACCGCCAUUAUGGUUCCCUAUAACGUGUCCUUCAAAACGAAGCAGAACAACAUAGCUUGGCUGGUGCUGGACAGUGUGGUGGACGUUAUUUUUCUGGUUGACAUUGUUUUAAAUUUUCACACGACCUUUGUGGGACCCGGUGGAGAGGUCAUUUCUGACCCUAAGCUGAUAAGAAUGAACUAUCUGAAAACUUGGUUUGUGAUCGAUCUGUUGUCUUGUUUACCUUAUGACAUCAUCAAUGCCUUUGAAAAUGUGGAUGAGGGCAUCAGCAGUCUCUUCAGUUCUUUAAAAGUGGUACGUCUCUUGAGACUGGGCCGUGUUGCUAGGAAAUUGGAUCAUUACCUAGAGUACGGAGCAGCCGUCCUUGUACUCCUGGUAUGUGUGUUUGGACUAGUUGCCCACUGGCUGGCCUGCAUAUGGUAUAGCAUUGGGGACUAUGAGGUCAUUGAUGAAGUCACGAACACCAUCCAGAUAGACAGUUGGCUCUACCAGCUGGCCUUGAGCAUUGGGACUCCGUAUCGAUACAACACCAGUGCAGGGAUAUGGGAAGGAGGACCCAGCAAGGACUCACUGUACGUGUCCUCCCUCUACUUUACCAUGACAAGCCUUACAACCAUAGGAUUCGGAAACAUAGCUCCUACCACGGACGUGGAGAAGAUGUUUUCAGUGGCCAUGAUGAUGGUAGGCUCUCUUCUUUAUGCAACUAUUUUUGGAAAUGUUACCACAAUUUUCCAGCAAAUGUAUGCCAACACCAACCGAUACCAUGAGAUGCUGAAUAAUGUACGGGACUUUCUGAAACUCUAUCAGGUCCCCAAAGGCCUUAGUGAACGAGUCAUGGAUUAUAUUGUGUCAACAUGGUCCAUGUCAAAAGGCAUUGACACAGAGAAGGUCCUCUCCAUCUGUCCCAAGGAUAUGAGAGCUGAUAUCUGUGUUCAUCUAAACCGGAAGGUUUUUAAUGAACAUCCUGCUUUUCGAUUGGCCAGCGAUGGGUGUCUGCGUGCCUUGGCGGUAGAGUUCCAAACUAUUCACUGUGCUCCUGGAGACCUCAUUUACCAUGCUGGAGAAAGUGUGGAUGCCCUCUGCUUUGUGGUAUCAGGAUCCUUGGAAGUCAUCCAGGAUGAUGAGGUGGUGGCUAUCUUAGGGAAAGGAGAUGUAUUUGGAGACAUCUUCUGGAAGGAAACCACCCUUGCUCAUGCGUGUGCCAAUGUUCGAGCACUGACAUACUGUGACCUCCACAUCAUCAAGCGAGAAGCCUUGCUCAAAGUCCUAGACUUUUAUACAGCUUUUGCAAACUCGUUCUCCAGGAACCUCACCCUUACUUGCAAUCUAAGGAAACGGAUCAUUUUCCGUAAAAUCAGUGAUGUGAAGAAAGAGGAGGAAGAACGCCUCAGACAGAAGAAUGAGGUCACCCUCAGCAUCCCUGUGGACCACCCAGUCAGAAAGCUCUUCCAAAAGUUCAAGCAGCAGAAGGAGCUGCGGAAUCAAGGGUCAGCGCAGGGUGACCCUGAGCGGAACCAGCUCCAGGUAGAAAGCCGCUCCUUGCAGAAUGGAGCCUCCAUCACUGGCACCAGUGUGGUCACUGUGUCACAGAUCACACCCAUUCAGACAUCUCUGGCCUACGUGAAAACGAGUGAGGCCCUCAAGCAAAAUAACCGCGAUGCCAUGGAACUCAAGCCCAAUGGUGGUGCUGACCCCAAAUGUCUCAAAGUCAACAGCCCAGUAAGAAUGAAGAACGGAAAUGGCAAAGGGUGGCUGCGACUCAAGAAUAAUAUGGGAGCUCAUGAGGAGAAAAAGGAAGACUGGAAUAAUGUCACUAAAGCAGAGUCCAUGGGGCUAUUGUCAGAGGACCCCAAGGGCAGCGAUUCAGAGAACGGUGUGACCAAAAACCCAUUAAGGAAAACAGAUUCUUGUGACAGCGGGAUUACAAAAAGUGACCUUCGUUUGGAUAAGGCCGGUGAGGCCCGAAGUCCGCUGGAGCAUAGCCCUGUUCAGGCUGAUGCCAAGCACCCCUUUUAUCCCAUUCCUGAGCAGGCCUUACAGACCACACUGCAGGAAGUCAAACAUGAACUCAAAGAGGACAUUCAGCUGCUAAGCUGCAGAAUGACUGCCCUGGAAAAGCAGGUGGCAGAGAUUUUAAAAAUACUCUCAGAAAAAAGUAUGCCCCAGACCUCUUCUCCCAAAUCCCAGAUGCCACUCCAGGUACCUCCCCAAAUACCAUGUCAGGAUAUUUUUAGUGUUUCGAGGCCUGAGUCACCCGAAUCUGACAAAGAUGAAAUCCACUUUUAAUAUAUAUACAUAUAUAUUUGUUAAUAUAUUAAAAACAGUAUAUACAUAUAUAUACAUAUGUGUGUAUAUACAGUAUAUACAUAUAUAUAUAUAUAUUUUCACUUGCUUUCAAUAUGAUGAACACAGUAUGGAUUUUGAUAUGUAAAUAUUGCAUGUCCAGCUGGAUUCUGGCCUGCCAAAGAUGAUUAUUUAAAAACAUAGAUAUUGCUUGUAUAUUAUGCAGUUGACUGCAUGCACACUUUACAUUUAUUUAUAAUCUCUAUUCUAUAAAAAAAGUAUGAUUUUUGUUAACCAAGGCAAUGUAAUAUUUGAACAAUCAGGGUCCAACCUGCCAAUGUUGCCAUGACAAAUUUGAUCUCAGGCUGAGUAUAUUGAGCUGCCAUUUCCUCACUGUUCUGUUUAGUUAAAAUGGUGGUUUAUUGCAAAGGAAGAGUUCAACCUCUUAAACUGUUUGCAUCACUUUAUAAUUUCUUUCCAUAGGAUGUUUUUCUGUAAUUUAGUGCUAGAUUAUUUUCUCCAGCAGGCAGGGUUUGUUCCAUUUAAAUGACUGUUUUGUUGCCUAAGUCAGAUAGCAGUGUGCAAUACUGAGAACGUAUUGCUGUGGGUUUUGUGCAUGAAUUGCAUUUUCGCUCAAUUAUACUUCUCCUUCUUUAACAUUCUACUUGGAUAGUAAUCAUUGACUCUUAUGUAAGGCAAUCUCUGCUCCCUCCGUCUUGGAGAAGAGCUGCCAUUUUAUCAAUCCCAUAAAUACUAAACUAUUAAUAGAGUGUAUAUUAUUAUAGAAACACUGCACCACAGGGUAAAAGGGCCUUUUAACAAUUUGUAUGUUAGAGAUGCUGAUUUUCCAAAGGUGAUGAAUGUUCUAAAUUUGUGUUUCUCAAGCUUGUUCAAAGGUGAAGUUGGAAGUCUCUUAGAAAGAAACAAGCAGAAAAUAUUGAAUCAUUUCAAAAUUUGAACUAUAAUGAUAUAAAAUAAAAAAUAAUGUAAACAGAUAGACAAGUUUUUGUAGUGUAUCAGUAACUUAGGAAGAAUGAAACACAGGUAAGGAAUUGUUCGCACAUGAUUGUUACUCUUUGUAGAGAUGCCACAUGAAAGUGGUUUAAAAAAACAACUAAAAAGUAGAGGUUAAGUUGCUCAAUUCAGAUACCUGCUUUUCUAUAAUAUUAUUGUGGUUACAAUUUUGUAAAGCUUUUUUGCACACAGUUCUACUGCUGGACUUUUGCAUUGAUACAAUAGACUGCUGUAUGUGGGUCAGGCAGAUCCACUAAUUGAAAGGGGCUACUAAAGACUGAAUUUCAGAGUCUUUGGGUCACAAAUCCUCUUCUUAGAAAGUGCCUCAACUACAAAAAAAAGUCACAAAGUUGUGUACAGCUAGUCCCUUAAAUGAUAUGUAUUGGGAAUAAAAUAAUGUUCAUUUGCCAGAACCCAGAAGAAUUUAUUUCUUUUGACUAAUGGAUAUUUUAUGAAGUUGAUCAAAGAGGUAUACUUUUGAAUUGGUGCAUGCAUGACUUUUAAUAAUGGAAGCAGGGCAGUUAAUUGUUUGCACCAAGUUGAAAGUAUAUUCCAGUAAUCUGUACAUUAUCAGACCAUCUGUACAUAUACAUUAAUGACAUACACAAGAUGAUAGCAAAAUCAAAGGAAAUAUUUUGAUCUAUUGUACCCAUUUGUAUGAGCUUUUCUAUCUCCUAGCAUCCCCAAGCAAAACCAUCAGAACUGAAAGACAAGUUAUCACAAUCAGACUGGAGAUAUGCCAGACAAAGUAAUUUAUAAGAAAAACAGUUGACAUUUUACAAUUUCUAUUAGAACAUCUUCACAUGCCCAUAAGAUGUACCUCUUUAAUCCAGGAAUCUCAGAAUAGGUGUUAUUUGCCGUGGUUCCAUAUUCCUUUCUUUGUGCUGUAACGUCCAUUACCCAUAAUGGAAGUUUUCAGGGGAGCCUAUCUUCGUGCUAUGUUGCAGUAUCUACUCACCAUUGGCACAAGAUGAUGAGGUGAUCAUGGUGUAAGAAAUCAGCCUUGAAAUUGGGACUUCAUUACUUUCAUGGUGAGGAUGGUACUUUGUUCUUGACCUCUGGCAUUUAUUGGAUUUCAGGUCAUUUGUCUAUUUAACCAUGUAUGAGACUAGCAUAGCUAACUAAGCUUUUAAAGGUGAAUGAAUGGUAAAAAUAAGCUGAGUACAGGAAUGGUCAGUUUAACUUUAGCCAUGUGUUUCAAAAGUAGUGGUUGGUAUAAAGGUAUUAGACAGCGAGUGUGAACCAGCAGCACAGUUUGAAGUUGCAAUCCAUGCCUUUGCUUGUUAGUGGUGCAAAUAUUUACUGUUCUGACAUUGACUCUAUUUCAGCUAAUGGACCUACAACAUUAUCAUUCAUGUGUAUGGAAAAGAAACAUGGCUUUGAACUGCAGGUUGUCACAAAGAGGGGAAGGAAGUAGCAAUUGCUUAUUUAUGAUGCAGUUAUCAUACUGUUCUUUUCUGGCCACCUUUAUUCCUAUGUGCAUGACAUGCCGAGGUGCUGAAUGUACUCUCUUGUUUUCAGUAGGAAUGCAUGUGUUCAGCAAACGUUGUAUAUAUUCAGUAGUCUUUUAGUCCCAUAUUCCAUGAUUCUUACCAGUUGAACUUAACUCAGAUUUGAAUGAAGGGUGAGCACUUGCUUUAAUAUGUGCAAUAACGAUAUGUCAUGUUGUGUGUUGCCUCAGCCAGCACACAGACAGUAGAUUCUCUUUUGGAGGACCAGACAACUGCAUGUUUUAUUCUUACACUGUAUAGAUGCUCUUGGUGCAUCAAGAAUAAAGAUUUUAUUAUUAUAUUUCUGAACAAUGUACUAAUAAGAGUAAAUGGAUAUGUACUUAAAAGCCAAACAUUUUCCAAAAGCAACUUGUACUCCUUCAAUAUUUUUCUAUGGUAAUCUAUAUGAUCAAAUGCUCUUACUUGGACAGGUGGUUGUAAUGUAAUAGCAAAAAUCAAACAAAAAUGGAAAUACAAACUGUGCAUCAUAAUGGCAAUUUUUAUCAGUCUACAUUAGGAUAUUAUUUCACUAAAUGUGGUCUGGUAGAUAGAGGAGCUUACUAUCAAGGGCAAAUAGGCAUAUAAAAGACAGAUGACAAUACCAAAGUACUAGUGCCCCACAUUGACAUAAAUAGUACUCAAAAGGAAGGGUUCAGGCAUAGAUGUUAGAGACACAUAAUUCAUUGUUAAAUUGAAAAAUUUUCAUCAUGAUGCUGGUUUCCUAUCACAUUAAGUAUAGAAAUACAAAUGUCCUAAGUAUUAUGUUAAAAAGAUUAUAUAGAGCAGAGCAAGAGAAUUAGUAAACUUGGAGUUUUAAAUCUCUCCUAAGAACAAAUGUAUACUCCUGGAGUACCCAACACUUUAACAGGAAUAUUAAUUCUAACCAUUAACUAAAGUGCUAUUUUGAAAAUUAAUCUUACUGGGGCCCAAGUGCAAAUCCCAGUUUCCCUUAAAUGUAAGGAGAUUUUGUUCACCUGUGAGAUCUGGCCAAAUUUCUGUUCAAUUUUAAAUAACUGAAUUCUUUUAGAGAGCUUUUUUUUUUUUUAAAUUAGUCUUCAGAGCAGUGAUUGUUUUUAGGUGGGCAGUGGCUGGUACUGGUGACAUUACUGGUCAUAUUCCUAAUGAAUUCUGCUAUUGUAUAUAAUUUUAAUCUUGUAUGUAAUUUUAUCUGUCUCUUUUCCAAAAUUUUAUGGAGGUAUUAAGACAAUUUGUCUAGAAUGUACAUAUCAUACAUGAAUAACUGUAAAAUAUCGGUAUUUUGUAAUUAUGUGAAUGUUGUAUUUCAAUAUUUUGUUAUGGAUAAAAGCAUUUCUCUUGUGACCUUGUUGGAAAGGAGAGAAGAAAGAACAGUCUUUUGGAAAACAUGCUAGGAUGAGUAACUGAGCUCCACCUUGGACUAUGAAUCUAGUUUUCCUCAAUGACAGUGCAAUUCUGGGCAAGUUAACUGUCCAGGGCUUCAACUUCCCCCAUCAAUAAAUAAAAUAAAGAUAACAAA